AUGACCCAUUAUUGUAUAGCUGAUUUCAUGAACAAAACAGGAAUCAGCUUAAAUGGAAACACUAGAGCUGUAGUAAGACUGAGAGCUGCUUGUGAAAGAGCCAAAAUAGUUUUAUCAUCAGCACAGCAAACAUUCAUAGAAGUCGAUUCCUUAGUAGAAGGAGUUGACUAUUCUGCACAAAUUAAUAGAGUAAUGUUUGAAGAACAAAAUAGUGUCAGUUUCAGAGAAUGCAUUCCUCCUAUAGAAAGAGUUCUUAAAGACUCAGGAUAUGCUAAAAAUCAGAUACAUGAAAUUGUACUUGCUGGCGGAUCAUCAAGAAUUCCAAAAGUUAGGCAGCUGAUUCAAGAAUACUUUAAUGGAAAAGAAUUGUGGAGUGGCUUUAACCCUGAUGAAAUAGUAGGGUAUGGAGCAGCUGUAAUAGGCGGAAUCUUGUCAGGAGAUUAUUCAGAGCAAAUCCAAGACAUAUUACUAAUUGAUGUGAUUCCAUUUUCACUUGGUGUUGAAACUUAUUGCGGAGUGAUGAAGGUUUUAAUACCCAGAAAUUCAUCAAUUUCUAUAAAAAAAACUGAAAUUUUCACCUCUUAUGCGGAUAAUGUGUCUGGAAUCUGCAUUCAGGUAUUUGAGGGUGAAGGGUCAAUGACCAGAGAUAACCGUUUCUUGGGAAGAUUCAAUUUAGAAGGUAUCAAUCCUGCACCAAGGGGAGUUCCUCAAAUUGAAGUCACCCUCAGUGUUGAUACCAACAGUAUUUUGGAACUAAGUGCCAAAGAUCUAAAAAGUGGAAAGACAUUGCAACUAUAG